AUGGAGGACGAAGUAGAAUUAGUGGACAUUCCCAGUGAUUCUGAAUCUGUUGAUGAUCUGUGCGAUUCAGAAGCUGAAAAUGAUGUACAAUCUUUGCAAAAAACAAAAAGUGCAACAGACUGUCCUCUUCUUUUGAGUGCUAAAGAAAAAGAGGAAGAAGAAGAAGAAGAAGAGAGUGAAGAAGAGGUAGAGCAUGUAGAAAAAGAUGGAACUUGGAGUAGACGGAAUGUACCAAGAACGGAUUUCCCAUUCAAUAAAAACUCAGGUCCAAAUAUUCCUGCACAUGCAAAAACCGCAUCAGAAAUUUUCUUCUGCUUAUUUCCAGACAGCCUUGUGGAAAAAAUAGUGGAAGAAACAAAUUUAUAUGCACGACAAAAAAACAGCAAACAGGAGCCAGUGACAAAAGUCGAGCUACUUGUGUUCUUGGGAAUUAAUAUUUUGAUGGGAAUAAAAAAAUUACCCUCUUAUCGGGAUCAUUGGUCAUCCAAUGCUCAAUUGCACGACUCAUACAUAUCUUCCCUCAUGACAGUCAAUCGAUUCGGGUUUUUUUUAAGUCAUUUACAUUUAAAUAAUAAUAAUAAUGAACCCAAGAAAGGACACCCGAAUUAUGACAAACUAUAUAAAUUGAGACCAAUCAUUGAUACGCUUAGUCACACGUUCAAAUCCUGUUGGAAUCCAGGAAAAUAUCAAUCCAUUGACGAAUCAAUGAUAAAAUUCAAAGGUCGCAGCAGUUUAAAGCAAUACAUGCCUGCAAAGCCAAUAAAACGUGGUUAUAAAAGUUGGACAAGAUCAGAUGAAUCCGGUUUCAUAAGCGAAUUCCAAGUAUAUACGGGGAAAUCCGAUUCGCCAGAAAAACAAUUAGGCGCUCGUAUAAUAAAAGAUCUUACCCGUGAACUGGUUGGUGGGAAACUAUCAUGUAUAUUUUGA